AAUAUUCUUAAUCUAAGUAUAAUGUUUAAAAUUUUUAAAUGUAUUUGAAAAUUGUCAUACUGUUAUUUUGUGUUGCAUUAUAUUUUCUACAGUGUCAGGGUGAUGACCCUACUCAAGAACAACUUGAAACUAUUAAAAACAUAGUUAAGAACUAUGAAAAUCCAGAUGGUAUAAACGUUGAAGAAAAUAGAGAUCCGACCAUAAACUUAAAUGGUGUCAAAGAUGUCAUCGUAGAAGUAGCAGAGCGAUUCAACAUACAGAUAGAGCAUCCCAGUCUUGAAGAACUGCAAACGAUAGGAUCAAGUUAUACAUCCACAUUGUGGGAAGUUAAAAGACAUGCCGCAAUAUACUUAAAUUAUGACGAAUUAGAUCGGGAAAUGACGAAUACAACUUUACUAGGAAGGAAGUUACAUACAUCAUUAUUGAUUAUUUCUUUCAUGGGUUUCUUUGAUAUAAUUAUUAUUUUUUAG